AUGCCCAAGGAACAGAUCAGGAAGCGCGGAAAGCGCAAGCCCAAGACCGAGGAGGGCGCCGACGCCGCCGCCGCUGCCGCCGCCGCCGCGCCCGCCCCGGCACUGGCCGCACGCCCCGCACCACCGCCGCGCUCGUACGCGCCCCCCGCCGCCCACGGUGCACCCCAGUACACGGCCGAGGAGGAGGCCGAGGCCGCCGCGGCGGGCAUCCACCCGUCGCGCCUGGCAUUCAUGAAGACGGGCCAGCGGCCGCCUGCGCCGCCGCGCCAGCCGCCUGUGCAGCGUGAGGGCGGCGAGGGCGGCGGUGAGGGCGGUGAAGGAGGCGAAGCCGGUGGCGAGGACGGCGAGAAUGGCCCUGCGGACUGGACGCGCGGCGACCGUACCGAGUCCGAGUUCCCCUUUGGCGUGCUGGACCCGGACGUCAAGGCGUACUUCCGCAACGUCGAGGAGCAGAUCAAGGACUGGGAAGGCGUCGGCAGCGACGGCGAGGAGCGUGAAGACCGCCAGCUGUUCCUCACGUCUGUGCUGUCCGAACUGCGCGGGCACGAGCUGCAGGUCUCCACCGACCCCGAGACGUCGGUCGUGCUCGAGCGCCUCCUGCCGUCGCUCAACGACUGGGGACGCCGCGUGAUCGGCGACGCGGUCGGCGACAACUGGGCGACGCUCAUCCGCCACCGCUUCGGAAGCCAUGUCGCGCAGACAUGGCUCACGCUCGCUGCGGCCACCAUGGAUCGUGAGGCGCGCGGCAUCUUCCCGGCCCAGCACAAGGAGCAGGAGAAGAACAAGAAGGACGACGAAGGCGUGCUCCCGACCGCGGGCGAGGAGGUGACCACGCUCGUCAACGGCAUCCUCCCGACCCUGCCGCUGCUGCUGUCGUCGCCGCACGCGUCGCCGCCUGUCCGUCUCCUCCUCCUCGUCCUCACGCCCAACCGUGCGCUCCCGUCCCUCGACGCGGCGGACGGCACCGGCGCCGGCGGCGACCUGGUGCGUUCCAAGCGUUCGGGCAAGUUCCGCAAGGGCCAAGGCGUGCAGGGCAAGAGCAUCCUGGGCGACGACGACGAGACCAGCAAGGGCAAGGGCAAGGCGGCGGUCGACGAGGCCCGCGCCGUCCCCGCCGACGUCGCGCUCCUCCGCCGCACGAUCCGCGAGGAGGCCAUGGCCAAGCUGUCGUCUGUCGAGUGGCAGUCGAUGGGCGCCGACAAGGUCGGCAGUGCCGCUGUGCAGCUCCUGCUCGAGGCCGAGCGCGAAGACGGCGACGCCGAAACCGACGGCAGCCUCCUGGACAUUGUGACCGAGGGCCUUGUGGCCGCGCUCAACGCCGACGAGCCCCCCGUCGAGAAGCCGUACCUCUCCGCCAUGCUCGUGUCGCCCACGGGCACGCGCCUGUUCGAGGCGGUCCUCAAGCUCGCCCCGGCCCGCGUCUCGACGGCUGUCUGGGACACGUACUUUACGGGCAAGCUCGGCAAGCUCGCCGGCCACCCGUUUGCCAACUUUGUGGUCGCGCACGGCGUGUCGCGUCUCGACAGCGAGGGCGUGCGCGCCGUCGCCAAGGAGGUCCAGUCCGUCUCGGGCGGUAGGGGCCUGGUCAAGACGAGCCGCACCAGUGUGCUUGCCGCGCUGGCCGAGCGUGCUGCCUCGCUCGAUGCCGACGCGCAGACCGCCGUCGUCACCCUCGUCCAGUCGGCCGUCGACGUAAAGGACAAAAAGGACCUGCUCGUCCCGGCCCUCAUGGCGCUCAAGACGGUGCCGUUCUACGAGGCCAUCCUCACCGGCGGCGAGAUGCCCGACGAGGACGACGACCGUCCCGCGGGCAUCGUCGACAACAGCGCCGAGGCAAAGGCCGCGGCCCUCGCGUCCCGCUCGGCAUGGGAGAACCGCCGCAACGCCCGUCCGACAGGCAAGCUCGAGCCCAACAUGCAGGGCUCGCUCCUGCUGCAGGCCCUCGUCGGCCUCGCCGCCGCCAACGCGCCCGUCCUCGACAGCCUGUUCGCCCAGCCCACCACCACGCUGCUGACGUACGCGUCGUCCCCCGUCGCCUCGCACGUCCUCGACAAGGUCCUCACCACGCCCGCCGUGGCCCCCAAGUACCGCCGCAAGCUGUACAUGGCGUUUAUCGGCUCGUACGAAAAGCUCGCCGUCGACAAGCUCGGCUCGCGCGUCGCCGACACGGUGUGGGCCACCGCCGACGGGUUCAUGAAGGAGAAGAUUGCCCGCAGCCUCAUCCCGCACGCCACGGACCUCGGCGGAGACAGGUACGGCCGCUUCCUCGCGCGCAAACUCGACCUGCACCUCCUCCAGCGCAGGCCCGACGAGUGGCGCCAGGCGCAUAUCGGCAUCAAGCACCACUUUGCACACCAAAAGGAGCAGCCCGCUGCCGCUGCCGCAGCUGCUCCCGCCGCCGAGCCCAAGCCCGAGCUCACCCCGGAAGAGGAGGCUGCAGCGGCCAAGGCGGCGCGGAAAGAGGAGAGGCGCCGGAAGCGCAAGGAGGCCGAAAAGGACGAGAUUGACCACCUGUUUGACGGCAAAAAGGAGAAGAAGCGCACCAAGCGCGAGUAG